AUGUCUCUUUUUCGGCUACUAGAAGAUAAAGAGUGUUUCAGCAUUGAUGCUGUUACUGGAGCAAUCAGCACCACGAGAAUCCUGGACAGAGAGGAGCGAUCCAACUACUCACUCGUCAUCACUGCAGCUGACCAUGGGCAUCCACCUCUGAGCUCUACUGCACUGCUGCACAUCACCCUCUCAGAUGAAAAUGAUAACAGCCCCUCAUUCACUCGGAAAAGCUAUCAUUCCAGCAUUAGCGAGGGGUUCCCUGCAGGUUCAGAGAUCCUACAUCUGAUGGCAUGGGAUCCAGACGAGGGGCCCAAUGGUGUAGUGACCUUCUCCUUGGUGGAGGAAAAUUCGGGAAACUUUUAUGUUGAUGGCUCUACUGGUGUGAUAAGACUCACAAAGCCAUUGGACCGUGAAACUCGUUCCCAGCAUGUUUUCCGUGCUGUAGCUACUGACGGCUGCAGCCAGGGCCCACGCAGCUCAGUCGCUACAGUUACAAUACAAGUGGAAGAUAUUAACGACAAUCCACCGGCAUGCGACAAGUCCAUACGGGUGUCAGUUUCUUCCAUAACCACACGCCCCAGUCAACCCAUUAUAACGGUUACAGCCCAGGAUCCAGACCAAGGAGACAAUGGGACAGUAGUUUUUAGUUUAGCAGAUGAAGAUGAGAUGUUUUGGGUUGAUGAGUCUGGAGCUGUGAGGUUGAAAGCCCCCCUGAGUGAUGAGGUGUAUGGGACAAAGCUGCUCCGAAUACGGGCUGCGGAUCUAGGUAGACCUUCUCUCAGCUCUAGCUGCCUUGUGCUCAUUCAGCUUAAUGGUGAAGAGCCACCGUUACAGUUUACUGAAGAACUCUAUGAAGUCACGAUGCCAGAGAACAGCAAGACAGGUUCUUGGGUGGCAAAUGUUGUAGCUCAUGACCAGACAGCAGAUGAAGGAAUGAUCAAGUACAGUAUUUUUAGUGGCAAUGAAAAUGAAGCCUUCACUAUUAACCCAAUUACAGGUGAUAUCACAGUUAGGGAGCAGAGACUGAUGGACUUUGAGGUACAGCAUAAAAAUCACCUACUGGUUUUGGCUGAAAAUGGACACCAAACAUCCUAUACCAGGGUGGCUAUCACUCUACUGGAUGUCAAUGACAAUGCUCCAGUGUUCAAGCAAAGCUACUAUAGAACAGCUGUAUGGGAGGGACAAAUUCAUAACACCUAUGUCAUGCAGGUGUUAGCGACAGAUUCUGACAGUGGUGUAAAUGGGCAGAUCAGCUACUUCAUUGUGGAUGGGAAUCACAAUAAUGCAUUUGUGAUCGAUUCUGUUCGUGGGAUUCUUGCCACCAAUGCUGUCUUGGACAGAGAAAUCGUUUCAUCCUACAAGUUAAUUCUUCAGGCUGAGGACAUGGGGAGUCCUCCCCUUACAGGCACCUGCACUGUCCGUGUCCAGGUUGUAGAUGUGAAUGACAACAGCCCUACGAUUCCAUCCAUGGAACCAGUGACCAUUGCAGAAAAUCUUCCUGUUGGGUAUAUUGUCACACAAGUGACUGCGAAUGAUGUAGACCUUAGCCCUUCUGCAACAUACAGAUUAAUAGAGAAGGAUCAGACCAGUAGAAGUUUUGCAGUUGACCAGUACUCUGGAAUAAUUACCACAACUAAAAGUCUGGACUAUGAAGAUCAAGCUGUCUAUACAUUGAGAGUGGAAGCAUCAGACUCUGUUCAUCAAACUGAGGCUGAAAUCUCAAUCAAGGUGUUGGAUGUCAAUGAUAACCCUCCAGUCUUCUCUCAGGAGUCAUACCAGAUUGUGUUGCCGGAGCAGACAUCAGCAAACUCAUAUGUUGUGUCCGUAUCAGCAACUGAUAAAGACUCUGGCCAAAAUGGAAGAAUUUCUUACAGGCUCCUUUCUUCCCCGGCAAGAGGAUUCUACAUUGAUCCUGACAAUGGUUCAGUGUUUACCAACAAACCUCUGAGCUAUGUUACAAAUGGAAACAUGUUACGGUUACUGGUGGAGGCACGUGACAGUGGUGACCCAAACCUAUUUAGUGUCACUUCUGUGGACAUAGAGGUGGUGGACUUUAAUGAUAAUGCCCCGUUCUUCACGCAGAACUCAUACAAGGUGAAUGUUCCUGAGGAUGUAUCUGUUGGAAGUACUCUCCUCACUCUCUUCGCAGAGGACAAGGACUACUCAAAUAAAAACACCCAUUUGGAGUAUGCAAUCGUAGGUGGAAAUGACGAGAGGCGGUUCAGCCUUGAAAUUGUUAGCAUUCCAGGUAAAGCCCAAAGCCGAACUGUUGGCCAAAUAGUGCUCUGUGAUAAUCUGAACCGGGAGGCCACAGACACUUAUUUAUUGACUGUGACUGUAACAGACAGGGGAAGCCCUCCCCUUAACAGCUCGACUUUGGUAUCAGUCAAAGUCCUUGAUAUUAAUGACAAUGCACCUGUUUUCAGUAGUCCAGAAUACCAUGCACAGGUCUCUGAGAACAGCCCCUUAGGGACAGCCCUUAUCUAUGUCUCUGCCAAUGAUCCUGAUCUAGGGGCAAAUGGAACCGUAACGUACAACAUCAUCUCAGGUAACAACAGAGGCCUGAUCAGAGUGGACCCUGCAACAGGUAUUCUUGAAGUUAAUGGUACAUUGGACUAUGAAGAGGAUAGUAAAUUUACCCUAACAAUUCAAGCAUCAGAUGGUAACCCAAGUGACAAAAAGAUAUCUUUUGCCGUUGUUUACAUAUUGGUACUGGAUGAGAAUGACCAUUCCCCAUUCUUCAUGUUCCCCUCCCAAAAUUGCUCUGUGCCUGAAAACCUGCCAGCUUUUACCCAUGUGUGCACAGUAAAUGCUGUUGAUGAAGAUGCAGGAACCUUCGGACUACUUACGUAUUCCAUUUUAACCCCGUGUUUCGUGGAUUAUGACAGUAGCAACCCAGAAAAGAAAGAAGCCUUUGGUAUUGAUCCUCUUACUGGAGACAUCCAUACAAAACAGACGUUUGACUUUGAAGGAGAAAGUGAUUUCUGCUUUGUGGUAGAGGCACGUGACAAAGGAUAUCAAGUGGCAACCUUGAGAGUACAAAUCGAAAUUGAAGGCAUUGAUGAGUUCAGCCCCAUCUUCACACAGAACGUGUAUCAUUUCUCUCUGCCGACCAAUGUCAAGGUUGGCCAAAGUAUAGGCCAGCUGAUGGCUAUGGAUCAUGAUGGUGGUCUGGAUGGUUUGGUGGAAUACUCUUUAGUCAACCCAUCCCCAUUUUUCAGUGUCAACAAAACAACUGGCUACCUAUAUAUCUCAAACUCUGUGUAUCCGAAAAGAAGUCCCAUCUCAAAUGAGACAAUAGAGGACCUGACUGUUCUAGCAAGCAGCCCCAAACUAGACUCCAAGACGUCAAUCUGCCAUGUAGUUGUGAACAUAUCCAGUUUAGCAAAGGCUCUGACAAGUGUUGAUCUCAGCGUCCACACUGCCAGUCUCACUGUGUCAUUGAUAGUGUUCCUCCUACUUUUAAUAAGCUUCAUUUACAUUGUUCUAAGGUAUAGGUUCAAAGAGAAAUCCGUAAAGAAAGCAACUUCCUUAUCUGCUAACCUCAACCACGAGUCUGACUCUUUAGCAACAACAAGUGAGAACCUUAACAUGUGGGGAAGAAUAGAUAUCCCAAACCCUUCAAGAAACUCAAACUCAAAAACCUCGAGUGGAAGAGGAUCUACCGAGGAAGAGACUACUGAAGAUCAAGAGAUCAAAAUGAUCAACAAGUUUGCAUGUUUUAAACAACUCAGCUCUGUCACAGCACAACUCUCAGACUCAGGGAUCCCUGGGGACUCAGACCAACUCUCCUUCCACUCGGUAUAUGAAGACCCAUCUUCCAGUGCCAAUAUAGGUAUAGUCCAAAUAGUGGACAUGCCCAGUUCUGAAAGUCUCCAUAAUUUCAAGGAUGAAGGAGGGGGUGAAGGAAUGCUUCCUCAGGUGGUCAACAUGAAGGAAGUGGAGGAAGUCAUGAGAAGGUGCAUGUCUAUGUCUGAUGACCAAGGUUUAGUUGAGGGCUCACUCACCAAUCUGAUUUCCUCUGAGGAACAGCUACAUGGAAGCUACAGUUGGGACUAUUUUCUCAACUGGCAACCACGCUUCCAAUCUUUGGCCUCUGUUUUUACAGACAUUGGGAUGCUUCCAAAUGAAGGAAUGAGUGCCAGAGAUUUGGAGCCAGAGUGUCAGAGCCUUUUACGCCCACCUCCUCUCAUCACAGCCGUUGCCCAGCCAGGAAUACGUGCUGUCCCUCCCAGAAUGCCAUAUAGAAGAUCACCACUGGUCAGAAUGCCUACAUACACCAAGACACACACUAGAAACACAGAGUUGACUCAUUCAGCAAUGACUCCUAGUUUCUCCCCCUCACUGUCAGUACUUACCGUUAGGACACCUAGUACCUCUCCAGUGGUCUCAGAAACAGGUUUGGGAUGCUACACAAAAAUUGCAACACUGCCAAGAGAAAUCUUGGAUGAAGCAGAGAUUCAAGUGUAAUCUUGUAAUUCAAAUAUUGUCUUUUUUUUUUUUUUACAAAUGUAAAAAUCUUUACUUCUUUAAUUUACAAUGUGCUUUUUUGUUUUAGGGUACUAUUUGAAUGCUUGUGUUUUUGGGAAAAAAAUAUUUAUUGUAUGAAUCAAGAUGACUGUAAAGA